AUGUCUGCGUGGAGACAAGCAGGAUUAAAUUAUAUCAAUUAUUCGCAAAUAUCUGCUAGACUUAUUAGACAAGCAUUGAAAUCAGACCUUCGACCAGAAGCUACAAAGCGAGAUGAAGUAAAUGUAAAAUUUACUCAGUGGAAAGAUGGUAAACCUGCUAAAAAGUCAUAAAUUAUGAUAUCACAGAUUGAUGGAGAAAUCAUCCUACUCUUCAAAUAUAUAUAUGCACAUUUUUGCAUACUGUAUAUGAAACAAUAAAGAGAUCUAAUAAAA